UGAGAAAGCACGUUGUUGAAUUAGUUUGGUUUUCCUAGGUGAAGCGCGUCGCAAUCCGGCCAAAAUCAGUGAUUUUUAGUUACAAACCCAAUUUGCAGCAUUGGCGAGAAGUUAAAAGUAUAGCAUCAUGUUUAUACUUUACGAAACACCGGCAGGAUAUGCCAUCUUUAAGCUUCUGGACGACAACAAAUUCAAAGAGAUCGACAAUCUGUACCUGGAGUUCCAAACUCCGGAAAAGGCGAGCAAGAUUGUUAAGCUGAAACACUUUGAAAAGUUUACCGAUACAACGGAAGCUCUUUCGGCCGCUACUGCUGCUGUCGAGGGUAAAUUGUCGAAGUCGUUAAAGAAAGCACUGAAGAAGCUAGUGGUAGAUGAUGUACAGAAUCAGCUGCUCGUUGCCGAUGCCAAGCUCGGUAAUGCGAUCAAGGAAAAGCUUUCGUUACAAUGCGUUGCCAACACGUCGGUACAAGAGCUGAUGCGUUGCAUCCGCUCGCAGUCAGAAAGUCUACUGUCCGGGUUGCCGAAGAAAGAGAUGACGGCCAUGUCACUUGGUUUAGCCCAUUCCCUUUCUCGCUACAAGCUUAAGUUCUCGCCGGACAAGAUCGAUACGAUGAUCGUGCAGGCACAAUGUUUGUUGGACGAUCUGGAUAAGGAGCUGAAUAACUACAUGAUGCGAGUUAGAGAAUGGUACGGUUGGCAUUUCCCUGAGCUGGGAAAGAUUCUGACCGAUAACAUAGCAUACGUUAAGGUCAUCAAACUGGUCGGCAUGAGGGACAACAUUGCAGACACCGAUCUGUCCGACAUCUUGAUGGAAGAGCUUGAGCAGAAGGUGAAGGAAGCAGCUGAGAUUUCGAUGGGCACGGAAAUUUCGGAAGAAGACAUAACAAACAUUCAAAGCCUCUGCGACGAGAUCAUUUCGAUUAACGAAUAUCGUACACAUUUGGGCGAUUAUCUGAAGGCACGCAUGAUGGCCAUGGCACCGAAUCUGACCGUCCUGGUCGGAGAAACCGUUGGGGCCAGAUUAAUUGCUCACUCCGGAUCGUUGGUCAAUUUGGCAAAGCAUCCAGCCUCAACACUUCAGAUUUUGGGAUCCGAAAAGGCACUGUUCCGUGCGUUGAAAACAAAGAAAGACACACCGAAGUAUGGUCUCAUCUAUCACGCCAGCAUGGUCGGUGCGGCCAGUCUCAAAAAUAAGGGACGCAUUUCACGAUCGCUAGCUGCGAAGGCUUCACUUGCCACCCGUGUGGACGCAUUCGGUGAUGAUGUCACAAUGCAGCUCGGUAUCGAUCAUAGGGCGAAACUAGAAACCAGACUGCGCAUGCUGGAGGAAGGCAACAGCACGAAACUGUCGGGCAUGAAGGCAAAAGCCAAGCUGCAGAAAUUCCACGCCGUUAGCGAGGUGAAAACGUUCAAGGUCGCCACAGACAGUACGCUACCGUCGACCUCAAAGAAAUUGAAAGCAGAUGAUGAAGCAGCAAAUGCACCCUCGCCGAAAAAGAAGAAGGUUCAGGAUGUUGAUAUGGAGGAGGAAAAUCCGGAACCCGCAAUGGGUGAAGGAUCCGCCAAGAAGAAGAAGAAGAACAAGAAGGAUACUGUUGUAGAGGAAGAACCCACAGUUCCACAGGAAGAAUCCGUGGAACCAGAAAUGGGUGAAGGAUCCGCAAAGAAGAAGAAGAAGAAGUCUAAAAGCGAAUCGGCACAACCGGCCGAUGAAAGCAUGAUGGACGAAAGUGUAGAAAUGCCCGGGUCCGCAAAAAAGAGUAAAAAAUCGAAAGGAAAAAAAGCAACCGAAGAAGAUGAAUAGAAAGUAAACAGCGAUAAGAAAAAAGGUUGGUAAGUUUAAGGAAGGAAAGUUCUUCUAUAGAUUAAUAGAAGAGGAAGGAUGUAGAGGGCGCGAGGGAUGGAGGCAAUGCUAAGCCAAUUUUUUUAGCCUCUUGACUUCCUGUUGCUAAUAGGUGAGAAAGGAAAGGCAACGCAGUGCAGUGCAGUGCAGUGCUACAUUUGUACAACAAUUUUUAUUUUCUACCAUUUGAUAGACUUUCCAUUUCGUUUCACGCAACGAAAUGUGUAGUUCGUUCUUGAUGCCCUUCCUAAUAUCGUUGAUCCUUCUCUAGGCAAGAUUUAUCCUACCCGUAUCAUGGGUAAACCAGAUUAUGUCUCCAUCAAGUUUUUUUUUUUAAAUAUUGAACCCGAAUAUUUUAAUAAAUCAGUCUAUUUGGGAAGUUUUUUUUCCGCUCAAAAUUUUGAGUCUGUUUACUAUUCUGUUUGUCACACUCGGUGUUUACUCCCAACGCGCGGUGUAAAGGAAAGCAGUUGUUAGGAUUGUCUUUAGUAAUAGGAAUAAAAAUCUUCUAUAUCGUUUAAGAUAAUUGUAAAAUGGAAUAUUCAUUUGAAAAAAAUAUAUACAUAGAAUUCUAAGCAAAUUU